AUGGAGAUGUUUCCGGACAAAAGUCGAGAUGACUUGGUGCGAGCCCUCAGUCUACACGGGACUGUUGGUGCUGUGGCUCUUUCUCUUUCCAGUAAUUUACCUGAAGAUGAUUUUAGCAGUGAUGAUGACAGCCUGUUACAGCCUUCUUUUCCCCCUUCAAAAGAGAAAAUAGAUUCCUUGCAGUCAUUGUUAAAGGAGCUUGGGAAGAAUAUGAGUGAAGAGAGAGUAAAAGUAAAAAUUGAGGAGGAGGACAUACUGAACGAUGCAUUGGCCCAUUACAAAAGUCCUGAGUUUGAUGUUAAGAAGAAGCUAAGAAUCCAGUUUAAAGGCCAACCAGCAGUGGACACAGGUGGUGUUGCAAGAGAAUUUUACACAAAGUUGUUCCAAGUCAUUUGCAAGAUGUUCUUUCAAGGCGGCAAAUACAAGAGUCCUGUGUAA